CCUCAUCUUGAAGCUUACAUCACACUGGAGAGAGAGAGAGAGAGAGAGAGAGUCAAAAGAAGUCUUCCGAUUUCUAACUACUAGAGUCGAGGGAGAGAGAGAGAGAUGUUUGAGGUUUACCGAGAUUGAGAAAAAGGGAAAAGAGAGGAAGAAAUCGAAUCUCAUCUUUCGGUUUUUUAUUUCCUUUUUCUAUUCCCCUGCUUUUCUCUCUCUCUCUCUCUCUUUCUGGUUUUCGUUUUGGAAUUUGCGGUUGGCUUCUUCCCUCGGAUCACGAUUUUGAGGGAAGAAUUGGGUUUCCCGAGAAUUCAAGAGGAGGAGGAACUCGUUUGGCUGAGAUUGAUGGCAAUGAGCUACAUUUGCUGGUUAUUAGAAAAGAUUUUUCGAUCGUGAAGGGAAAUUUCGGCGUGCCGGAAUUGUGAUGUUCUUAUAUGGUUCUUAAGGGAUCUGGAGAAGAAUUAACAUUUUAUGGGCGGUGAUUUUGAUUCUGCAAAGGGAAUUGUUGUGUGGUUGAUGAUUUUUUUUCUUUUUUGUGGUUGAGGUACUUUUUUGGAUACUGGGAUGAGAUUUAUCGAGUCGUCCUGAAGUUAUAGCUUGAAAGAGUGGCUGUGUUCUGCUCAAGUUUGUAGAAAGGAUCGGGUUUCCCCGGCCGCCGACUCGGGUUUGUGCAUCUUCUUCUUGCUUUUUACUGAGCUUCCUGUUGGAUUGGGCGUGGAGAAAAUCUUCAAUGUUAAGAAAAAUUGUGAAUUUGGCUUCUGUAAACGUUUGUCCCUAUUGGGGUGUCUUUGAGUUGUAGCCUUUUGAAGCUUAGGGAUGAAGAAAGUGAAGCAUUUGGGAGGUUGUCCCCGAUUGCGGUGAACUCUCUGGUAUCUCCGUCGGUUCAAGCGUCGAGACUCGAAAGCAACGAUCCGGAAAGCAAAAAUUUUUCUGUGAGGUCUCGAUCUCUGCCCCUCAAUGGCUGACAACGCACCUCCCAGCUCUUGGAGAGAUGAACUAGUGAGCCUUGUGGACGAUCCUGGUGUUCACUAUGUGGCGGAGGGGUUCGAAAUCGGCGAAAAGAAAAGGAUGGAUUUCAGGAGUAUCAACGAUGGCGCAGAGCACCAAAGGGUCGAAGAGAGCCUGCAAGAACAGGUGAAGGGUUUCUUGCACGCUUCGGUUGAAAUGUUGCACGAGUUAGCCGUCGGCUGCAAAGAUAUUCUGCAACAGACGCUCGAGGACAAUGAUUCUUUCCUAGUCAGGCACUUCGGAGGCCCUUGCGCUGUAGUCUCUAGCAAAUUGAAGUUUCUGAACGAUUACCUACCGGAAGACAAGGAUCCUGUGCACGCGUGGCCUGUUGUGUUGUUAGUUUUCUUUCUUGCUCUUUCGGUUUUGAUGACUGGCGGUGAACAAAAGUUGCCAGUAUCACAGAAUAACAAACUCCCUUUGAGAAGUCCCAGAAGCCCUCCAAAUGCAACUCGCAUUCAGCUUCCUGAUGGGAGAUAUGUGGCAUAUCAGGAACAAGGCGUCCCUCAAGACCAGGCCAGAUACUCCUUACUUACAGCACAUUCAUUUCUUUCAUCCCGACUUGCAGGACUGCCUGGUUUUAGUUCGUCAUUGUUAGAGGAGUUUGGUGUGCGGCUGGUGACUUAUGAUCUUCCUGGUUUUGGAGAGAGUGACCCCCAUCCUUAUAGGAACUUGAAUACUUCAGCACAUGAUUUGUCGAAUAUUGCUGAUGCUGUGGGUAUUAAGGACAAAUUCUGGAUAUUGGGUUACUCAGGUGGAGGGAUUCAUGCAUGGGCUGCACUUAGAUAUAUACCAGAAAGACUUGCAGGUGCUGCCUUAUUUGCCCCAAUGGGAAACCCAUAUGAACAAAAAAUGACAAAAGAGGAGCGGCAUAAAACUUGGGAUAAAUGGACCUUGCAAAGGAAACUCCUGCUCUUUCUUGCCCGGAGGUUGCCAUCCCUUCUUCCCUACUUUUACCAGAGAAGCUUCCUUUCUGGAGGUCCUAUUCAGCCUGCAAAAUGGCUGGCAUUGUCACUGGGAAAGAAGGACAAAUCUAUGAUUGAAGAUCAAGCAUUUUCUGAGUUUUGGUCAAGGGAUGUGGAUGAGUCCACCAGACAAGGCAAUCCUGCCCCAUUCGUCGAAGAAGCUGUUUUGCAAGUCUCAGACUGGGGCUUUAGCCUUGCUGACCUGCAGGUGCAGAAGAAAGGAAAGGAUAAAGGAUUCUUUCCUUGGAUCAAAUCUAUGUAUUCCACGGUUGAACGGGAGUGGACAGGAUUCCUUGGCCCUAUUCACAUAUGGCAGGGGAUGGAUGAUCGAGUGGUUCCACCAGCAAUGAACGAAUAUGCCAGGCGUGUAGUCCCUGGGGCAACCGUUCACCGUCUCAUAGGCGAGGGACAUUUCUCAUAUUUUUGCUUCUGUGAUGAGUGCCAUAGGAAUAUAUUCUCCAUACUGUUCGGCACCCCUCAGGGGCCUCUUAACAAGACUCAAGAAGAAGAAACACCCCAAGAUUUUCCGCCUGCAGAAGAACCUCUAAUUAACACUACGGUGGAGCAAAUUGACUAAUUUUUUUUUUCUGUUCUCUUACAUAUUUAAAGGUAUAUGUGUACAUAUCAGUGCUACUGGUAAAUGACUUUUUCAGUCAUUGUUGCUGAUUGUGUAACGAGGGCAGAAUCUCUUAUUAAAGUUAUUUUUAGUUAUACUUAA